UCUCAACACAAUCAAAGACACAAGACAGCAGAAAUGGAGAAGAUUGUCCUGGUUCUGAUGUUGGGCUGCUGCUUCUGUGUUGCUGAAAACAAUGACAAAGGUUGUCAAAACUCUGGAUCAUCAAGCUCAGGCGACAUCUGUUGCUUUAUAACCAUUGCUCAGACUGUCGGCGCGCUGGGGGAGAAAGUCGCAAACAUGGCAGACGAGAUAACACUUUUGGAGACCAGGCUCCAAAACACUGACAGAGAAGUGCUGGAGCUCCGGAGCCUCAUUGGAGGUACUCCACAGGUGGCUUUUUCUGCUGCUCUCAGAGAUUCUGGCUCUGGGAACAUUGGACCUUUUACCACUUCUACUCCACUGAAGUAUAAAAGGAUUUUCUCCAACUAUGGUGAUUGCUACAACCCUUCCACAGGAAUUUUUACUGCAACGGUCAAUGGGAUGUACUUCUUCAGAUUCUCAAUGCUUAAUAACGUCGAUCCCAUCCCUAAAUCUGGUGUUAGUCUUAAAAAGAAUGAUCAGCGGUUGACAUCUGUCUGGGACACCAGCGGAACCGACAGCCAUGACAUUGGAAGCAAUGCUGCAGUCAUCCCACUGAAGGUGGGAGACAACGUCUAUGUGGAACUGCAGGAAAACAUGCUUGUCUUUGAUGAUUAUAUGAAUUAUAACUCCUUCAGUGGCUUUCUGCUCUUCCCUUUGUAAUUAAAAUUUCUCACUUUGACUUAAUCUUUAAAUUAUUAUACCAUAUUGACCUAAUGGUGUCGGUUUGACAAAGGAUGUUUUAAAAAUUUAGCUUUUAAGUAUGAGGAUUUUGGUUGUGAUUCAGUGAGUCUUAAUACUGCCGCUUGCUGACCAAUCACUGUAAAAAAUAAAACGGAUCUUAAUCCAAAUGUACACCUUGUUUGUCUGAAGCUACACCACCUGCUUAUUGUAACAAUAAAAUCUGUCCAAAGAGGC